AUGGCCGAAACAUCGGUCACACCCAGCUCAGAAGGCCUCAAUGACCAUCUCGAAAGGUCCAGAGUCUCCGAAGGCACAGAUCUUGAGAACAACGCCUCCCCGUCGUCUGCCUCCGUCGAGAAGGAAAAUGAAUCAUCCACCACAGAAGACUCCCCUCCCAAGCAGACAGUCUCUAGCCUCCGUUGGCUUCUCAUCUGCGUGGCCAUCUUUUCGGCCAAUAUGCUUUAUGGACUAGACACCACCAUUGCAGCCGACAUCCAGGCUGCAGUAUCGGAGACGUACGACAACGUGACACAGUUGGGUUGGUUAGGUGUGGGAUUCACUCUGGGCUCAACAGUAGCUAUCUUGCCUCUCGGCAAGGUAUUCGGAACCUUUGACGCGAAAUGGGUAUUUGUGAGUUGCUUGACUAUGUUUGCUGCAGCGAGUGCAUUGUGCGGUGCGGCGCCAUCAAUGAACGCGAUUAUCGUGGGACGGGUUUGGGCUGGUGCUGGGGGCGCAGGGAUGUACUUGGGAACGCUCAAUCUGGUGACGAUCAUGAGUAGUCCACAGCAGCAGCCGUUUUAUAUCGGGAUGACCGGGUUCGUGUACGGCAGUGGGUGUAUUCUGGGUCCGAUUGUGGGCGGGUCGUUGGCGGAUAGUUCGGCGACGUGGAGAUGGGCUUUCUAUCUCAACCUUGUCAUCUUCGGCGCCAUGUCGCCCAUCUAUCUAUUCAUUCUUCCAUCGCUCCCCCGUCGCCCCGGCAUCCCCUUCUCCGACAAGCUGCGCUCCCUCGACUGGCUAGGUAUUGUCCUAACCACGGGCCUCUACGUUUCGUUCACACUGGCCUUCACAUUCGCGGGCUCUAUCUGGACAUGGAGCGACGGACGUUUCAUUGCUCUCCUCGUCGUCUUCGUCGUUCUCACCGUCAUCUUGUCUGUGACACAGCGGUUCUCGAUCCUCACAGACCCAAUUAACCGGAUAUUCCCCUGCGAAUUCCUUCGCGACCCCCAGCUCAUCCUGCUGUAUGUGUGCAUGGCCUGCGGCGGUGCUGCGCUGUUUGUAACCAUCUACUACAUCCCGCUCUACUUUCUCUUCGUGCACGGCGACAGCGGCACGCAGGCCGCUGUGCGUCUCCUCCCCUUCAUCUGCUUCUAUGUCGCCACUAUUUUAACCUGCGGCGCGGUCAUGGGCCUGACGGGCUACCAUAACCUCUGGUACCUCUUCAGCGGGAUCUGCAUGACCUGCGGCGCUGCGGUCAUGUACACCGUGCAGUACGAUACCCCUGCGGCAAACAUCUACGGCUACUCCAUUUUGCUGGGGCUGGGGAUGACCACCACCCAGGCGGGGUAUGCCGUGGGCCCAUUCUUCGUCAAGCCGGACCGGGUCGCGGAGCUGAUCCAGUACUUGAAUAUCUCGCAGGGAUCGAGCCAGCUGAUUGGAUUAGCAAUCGCGAGUUGUAUUUUCCAGAGUUUAGGGUUUCAGAGACUCAAGGAGGUGCUUGCGCAGACGGAGUACUCGGAUGCGCAGAUUCAGGCGGCGAUUACGGGGGCGAGGAGUGAGCUGUUACAAAACGCAACGCCGGAGUUGAGGGCGAAGUGUGUGGAUGCGAUUGUGAAGACGAUCGGGGAUGUUUGGGUAAUGGUUAUUGCUGCGGGGGCGCUGUGGACAUUGUGCUCCCUGUUUUUGACGAGGAAGAGGUUUCUUGUGUAA